GACGUCGCUUUCUUCACCAAGAUGGCGGCGUUGACGGGAGUCACGCAGACCCGGUCCGGUUCUGUAUCGACCCUAAAACGGAUCCGCGCGAUGACGGAGAGGCGCUUCGGUGGCGUCAACAAUAAUCUUGUCCUGCUGUUUUGUUUGGCGCUCAUUCUGCCGCGCGCUGAGGCUGACGGGAAAACGCUGGUGCUGCUGGACAACCUGAACAUCAGAGACACUCAUUCGGUCUUCUUCCGCAGUCUGGCCGAUCGAGGCUUUGACCUGACCUUUAAGACCGCGGACGACCCCUCCCUGUCUCUGAUCAAAUACGGACAGUUCCUGUACGAUCACCUCGUCCUGUUCUCUCCAUCAGUGGAAGACUUUGGUGGCAGCAUUAAUGUGGAGACCAUCACAUCGUUCAUUGACGGUGGAGGCAACGUUCUGGUGGCAGCCAGUUCGGACAUCGGUGACCCUCUGCGGGAGUUGGGCAGCGAGUGCGGCAUCGAGUUUGACGAGGAGAAGACGGCCGUCAUCGACCAUCACAACUAUGACGUGUCCGAUCCCGGAGAGCACACCCUGAUCGUUGCUGACCCUCAGAACAUGCUGAAAGCCCCCACCAUCGUCGGGACGCCUACAGAUAAACCCGUGUUAUUUAAGGGUGUGGGUAUGGUGGCUGACCCUGACAACCCGCUGGUCCUUGACAUCCUCACUGGCUCUUCCACUUCCUACUCCUACUUCCCUGACAGAGCCGUCUCCCAGUACCCCCACGCCGUGGGCAAGAACACGCUGCUGAUCGCGGGCCUUCAGGCCAGAAACAACGCCCGUGUGGUUUUCAGCGGCUCCCUGGACUUCUUCAGCGACGCCUUCUUCACCUCUGCUGUGCAGAAAGCCACGCCGGGGUCUCAGAGACAUGAGCAGACGGGGAACAUGGAGCUGGCUAUGGCUCUGUCCCGCUGGGUGUUCAAGGAGGCGGGGGUUCUCCGAGUGGGAGCCGUGAGCCAUCAUCGCGUCGGAGAGACCACGCCCCCCACGGCAUACACUAUUACAGACCUGGUGGAGUACAGCAUCGUCGUUGAAAUGCUGUCCGGGGGCCGCUGGGUCCCUUUUGACGGCGACGAUAUUCAGCUGGAGUUUGUGAGAAUCGACCCGUUUGUCCGAACCUUUCUCCAGAGAAAAGGAGGUAAAUACAGCGUCCAGUUCAAGCUGCCCGACGUCUACGGGGUCUUUCAGUUCAAGGUGGACUACAACCGGCUGGGAUACACCCACCUCUACUCCUCCACCCAGGUGUCGGUGCGGCCCCUGGAGCACACUCAGUACGAGCGCUUCAUCCCCUCAGCCUUUCCGUACUACGCCAGCGCCUUCUCCAUGAUGGCCGGACUCUUUGUCUUCAGCGUGGUUUUCCUGCACAUGAAGGAGAAGGAGAAGACGGACUAGAGCGCAGGAACCGUGGAGCAGUGGGAGUGAAGAGUGCAAAGUGAAUGUCUGUGAGUCUGUGGGACAGGGACUUGGACUUGAAUUUUUAUUUAUCCGGCACUCGUUUGGGAUCUCUGGGUAAUGGGGGGGGUUACUGACUUUGUCCAGUUUUUUAUUUUCUAAUCCAAAAUUGGCCAAAUGUUCAUGUAAAAGUCUGAUAAGAAGUUAGAACAGGCACUGAGAACCUUUGUUUUUGAUAAAGAUUUGUUUCCAUAAAAAUCUGGGGUCUGCUAAAUAAAACGUUGACAUUCCACUCUAAA